AUGUCUAUUCCAACUACUCUGAGCGUCGGAAAUGCUUCCUGGACGCAAGGUGAAGAAAAUGAAAGCGCAUUGGAAAUUCGGAUACCGGGCAUUAUUCCCGCUAAUGUCCGCCCGCGCGACCUUUCUAUAAAGAUUAAGGAUUCAGCGGUUCUUUGCAUCAGCCAUACUGACAAACGUCUGCUUCAGUGGCGCCUUCAUGCCCCUGUUAGCAACGAGGUAGAGUGGCGUGUGGAUAACUCUGUAGUGGUGAUAGACCUUGAGAAAAAGAUCCCGACGGUGUGGAGUUGCCUUCUGGACCUUCCCAUGUCAGCCGACGACCCACUCUUAACCUCCUUAAAUGAGAUCAACAGGAUGUUCACUCAGUACUUUCCGCCGUUGCCACCUGUUAGCGACACCAAGAGCAAUGCUUUGGAUGCUAAAGAGGAGGUAUCAGAAAAGGCGAAGGACUUAGAGGAAAAGAAGGUGGAUGACGACGAUCUCGACCAACUUCUUCGGGAAGCCGCUGAUGAGAUUGUUGCCGAUAAAAAUGAUGAGAGGGCCACUUACAAUGCAUUUGUGGAGGCUGAACUCAAAAACUAUAAGCGUGAAGAGGAGGAAGUGAAGCAGAAAAAGGCCGAGUUGGAGGCACAAGUCAACAAUCUUGACGAUCCUGCAUCCGCUCAGCUAGCUAAAGACCAAAUUAAAAUCCUGGAAAAGAUUCUUUCCUUGCACAACGAAUGCCGUGAGCUGCGUUCCAGGCCCGCUUCUUUGGAGAAUUUCUUACAAUGCACAAAACUGGACUUACAGAAAGCGCGUGUUAAUAUUGGUGAGGUCGGUGAGUCAGAAACUGAGGAAUACAAAAACGAUGAGGAGAAGAGUCUGAGCGGCACGGAGCUGAUGAAGUACGGCCUCAAAUUUUUAGAGGACAAAGAUGUCAAGAGCUGCUUACACUACCUUCGUCUAGCAGCCAUUCACCACCAGCACGAGCAAAGCAUCAUGUUGUUGCUCAACAUCUACAGUCAGCUUGAAUCACCCCGAGGGGCCUCUUUGUUGUUAAGCCGUGCCCUGGAUGACAAGAAUCCGAGCGCGGUAGCAAAUCAAAAGUUGGGUGAACUCUACGACAAAGGCGAACGACACUUUCUACCUCUUUUUCCUGCUGCGCUCUACUUCUUCCAGCGCGCAGCUAAGCUUGGUAGCGUAAGCGCCAUGCUCAGCCUUGCCCAGCUUUGGUUGCGCGGGUGCACCGAAUCAACCCUGGCCUCUGAAGCGGAGAUUAGUCGUCAGAAAGACCUUAGCAAGUACCAUGCGUGGUUGGAAAAGGCUAUUGAUCGUGGUUGUGGGUCGGCUUAUUUUGUGAAGGGAUGCAUGCACAUUAAGGGCGAACACGGCGUUGAGAAAUCGUACGAGAAGGCAAAGUUCUAUCUCGAUGCUGCAAGCAGCUCCCAACCCGAGCUGAGCAAACGCGCGCAUCAGAUCCCCAUGAUGCUGGAGCAGCUAAGAAAGGAGGAAUCCAAUGAGUCCGCAGAGAAGGCACCAAAGACGAACCCGGGCCACGUUUCCAAGAUCAUCAAGGAUGACGACGCCUUGCAGGUGACGCCCUCUGUAGCGCGGCUGAAUAUGCUGAGCAAAUCAGCGCCCUCCGAGUCUGCUGUCGGACCGAUUCGUCGCACUAAGAAAUCGUUUGGGGGCUCUGCCAAUCGAAAGGUUUUUUGGGAGAAAACCUGCGUGGUGGGUGCAGCUGUGUAUGGUAUUUAUUCGCUAGCCUUUCCACUUCGUGUUAUGAUAUUGCCCAUCGUUUACUCAAUUCUUGGUUCCAUUGUGGAUGCCAUUCCGUGGUUGGCGAACCAAGACGCGGACGUUUCCAUGUUCUGA